CAUAUAUGGCGACAAUACGAGCGCAACAACUGACCGAGCAUCUACAAUCUCCUGCCUCGACGAUGGCAUCGGUUCAGCAACUUUUCUCCCUUGAGGGGCAGACAGCGCUCGUCACUGGCGGAACGAGAGGGAUAGGGCAAGCAAUGGCGAUUGCACUGGCGGAGGCAGGAGCUGACAUCCUCUUAGUACAGCGUAACGAGAAUGACCGGGAUACAAAGCAAGCAAUCGAGAAACUGGGCCGAAAGGCCACCAUCUAUACUGCAGACCUGGCUUGUCCUGAAUCGAUGAAGGCAUUGUUACCGAAGAUACUCCAGAAUGAUCACCGUGUUCAUAUCCUCCUGAACUGCGGCGGCAUCCAACGGCGACAUCCGGCCCACCAGUUCCCAGACGAUGACUGGAACGAAGUGCUACAAGUCAACCUCACCGCCGUCUUCACACUUUGCCGCGACGUAGGCGCCCACAUGCUUAGUCGUCAACCGGACCAAUAUGGCCGAAGAGGCAGCAUCAUUAACAUAGCUUCACUCCUCUCCUUCCAAGGUGGCAUCAACGUCCCCGCCUACGCGGCGAGCAAAGGCGGCGUGGCACAGCUCACGAAAGCAUUGAGCAAUCAAUGGGCGAAGGACGGCAUUACUGUCAACGCCAUUGCUCCAGGCUACAUUGCCACGGAGAUGAACACGGCGCUGAUGCAAGAUGAGAAGCGAGCAGCAAGCAUCCUUGAGCGGAUUCCUGCGGGAAGAUGGGGAAGUCCGGAUGACUUCAAGGGUGGUGUAGUGUAUCUUGCAAGUAGGGCGAGUCAGUACGUCUCUGGUGAGAUCCUGACAAUUGAUGGUGGGUGGAUGGGUCGGUAGAUCACUCUUUCACUCUUGAUAGCACGCGAGAAGGCCGCUAAGCCGACAUUUGCGUGCUUGCCUUUGCCGACUU